AGUAAUGGAGGGUGGAGAGAACACACGAAGGAGACAAAACAGUCCUUAGUGCUUGAAUAGAGCUACGUCUAUCAAUCACGAACAAUGUACUUUUGAAGCUCGAUGUUGACGGUCCACUCUGAGUGUCUGUGAACUGAGUGGAGUCAACGGCGGCACCAUGGGGGUUGAGAAGAAGCUGAAGCAGUACGUCAUGGAUGACCGGCCUGCGAAACUCAAGUCCUACGCGGAGUCCCACAACGUUGACGUAAUCAAUGUCACUCUAGGACGAGGCAGGGGCCUCUUGCACUACUGUGCUCGAUACGGUUCUUCUGCCAUGCUGAGGUGUCUGCUGAAGCUUGACUGUGUCCCUGACCAGCUGGACCGGAGUGGCAACCUGCCCCUUCACCUGGCCGCACUCAGAGCAUUGGAGGAAGACCUGGCAACGGCAAAAGAAACUUUUGAUGGGAUGGUGAUUCCGUUAUUGAAGGCCUACCCGCUGGGUCAAGACAUGGAGGACUGCCACGGGGUCACAGGUCAUGACCUUGUGGCAGCUGUCAAGGACAAAGUGAAAGCUUCAUCGACUCCGCAGCAAGAGGAAAAACGGCAAGAAGAGGAGGAUGAAAUGUGGAGGAAAAAGCUGAACGAAGAAGCCAUGUUUGAGUUUGAGGAGCAGAACCCACGCUAUCACACUGAGGAAGACUUCAGCCAGGAGAGAAGCACGGAGUCGUACGAGGACUGGGCUGAACGGAUGCGUCAUGAAAUGUCGGCCAGGUGGCAAAAACAGUCUCAUCAAUUCACGAGAGAUAAGAAACAUAAACGCAGACAUUCUCGCCGAGACAAGAGUGAGGAAAGCGGAGCAAAGAAGUCGAAGGAAGAGGGGGAGGGGGAGGGGGAGCAAGAGCGGCUGAACAGAGCAAGGGAAGAGAUGAGGAAAAGGUACAAGCCUCCCCCUCACGUUCCCAACACAGACAAGUUGGUGGAGAAGAAGAAACGCUAUGAGAGUAAAUUCUCUCAUCUGCUCAAUCAUCUGACCACGGGGCGGACUCUCACCUACGGGUGUGUCCCCUGGCCUCAUCUUAGCCUGGACAGCGUCGCGGAGACUUUGUUCUGCGACAUGCCGGACAAGAAGUCACCGGUGUACAGGAAGUACCUCAGGUCCCAGCAGGUCCGGUGGCAUCCGGACAAGUUCAUGCAGAAGUUCGGAGAUCACUUACAUCCCGACCAUGUGCCAAAGAUAAUGAACAGAGUGAAAGCGAUUUCACAAGUGUUGAACAAACUGUCCAGUGAAUAAAAAUACAGUGAAGACUUUCUAUAAGGACAUCGUGGAAACCAGAAAAAAAUGUCAUUAUAGAGAGUUGCCAAAAUUUUGUUCACGUAAUUCUGCAUCAUUUGCAUAAUUUUGGAUUAUCCGCGUUUUUUCACGUCAGCCACAAAACAAUUAAUUAACGCCGCGCCAUGUGACU